AAAACUAUUUAAAAUCGGAGUUUCAUAUUUUGUGUGCGGCUCUGUGGAAUCCUGCGGAGAAAGAGGUCUUCGUUGUUUCCAUGCAGCGAAAAUGGUGGCCUGUUCGAUUUCCAUGUUUGCUGGGGUUUCGGAUCGAUGCUCCUCUCGGACAAUUACGCGGUAAUCCGGCAUCUCUGCCGAGUUCUCUGCCUCCAACCAAGUUCGCUAUUUUCUUUGCAGAUUCCAAUUUGGUCCUGUUGCGUCCGAAUUCCCUGCUUUAGGGUUUUAAUGUUCGGGAGGGGAUAUUUCUUCUGUUUGUGGGUUUUACUUGUUGGAUGAUUUUGUUCUGCAAGGAUUUGGAUCGGCGGUUACCGGUAGAAUUUGGAUUUCUUUUGCAAUAUUUAAUUGGUUUGCUGUUGAAACGGGACAUUUGAGGCUGGCUGUUGGGAGAGGUUGAAAGCAGAAAGCGGAAAACUGUCUAGAUUAAGUGCUAAGAUUGACAGAUGUGAAAGCAAUCAAAUUGGGGUUUUUCUGGGAUUGAGGGCACAAAGGAAUUGAAACUGUUAGCGUAUCAAUCACGUACGUAUAAGAUUUGUAGAGUCGAGAGGGAUGAACAGUUGAGGCACCUGGUAACCUGAAGAUAUAAAGAAAGAAAUGGAUUCGGCAAGGAGUUGGUUCCAUAAGUUUCAGCCUCGAGAUAAGUUGAGGUCUACAACUAAAAAGAAGGAAAUGACGGGUAGUGAUAAAGAAGGGGCGAAACCGCCUACCGGUGAGGAAGCACCUUCCAAUGCCACAAAGCAGAAAGUUGCAGCGGCAAAGCAGUAUAUAGAAAACCAUUACAAGGAGCAGAUGAAGAACCUACAGGAGAGGAAGGAACGACGCAAUAUAUUGGAGAAGACGUUAGCUGAUGCUGAUGUUUCUGAGGAAGAGCAAAAUAACAUACUGAAACACUUGGAGAAGAAGGAAACUGAAUACAUGCGCCUUCAGCGGCAUAAGAUGGGUGCUGAUGAUUUUGAAUUGUUAACAAUGAUAGGAAAAGGUGCAUUUGGGGAGGUGAGAGUUUGUAAGGAGAAGACAACGGGCCAUGUAUAUGCAAUGAAGAAACUUAAAAAGUCAGAGAUGCUUCGUAGAGGCCAGGUUGAACAUGUUAAGGCUGAGCGAAAUCUACUUGCAGAAGUUGACAGCAACUGUAUUGUCAAACUUUAUUGUUCUUUCCAAGAUGAAGAGUUUCUGUAUCUCAUCAUGGAGUAUCUACCUGGUGGAGAUUUGAUGACUUUACUUAUGCGAAAAGAUACCUUAACUGAAGAUGAGGCCAGAUUUUAUGUAGGAGAAACAGUUCUAGCUAUUGAGUCUAUCCACAAACAUAAUUACAUUCACAGAGAUAUCAAGCCUGACAACCUAUUGCUUGAUCGACAUGGCCACAUGAAGCUCUCAGAUUUUGGACUAUGCAAACCAUUAGAUUGCAGUACUAUCCAGGAAAAUGAUUUUAAUGUGGGACAAAAUAUUAAUGGGGCAGUGAAUGAUGAACGCCCUGCUGCACCAAAGCGUACACAACAGGAGCAACUACAGCAUUGGCAAAGAAAUAGAAGGAUGCUGGCUUAUUCUACUGUUGGUACACCUGACUAUAUUGCCCCUGAAGUUUUGCUGAAAAAGGGCUAUGGAAUGGAAUGUGAUUGGUGGUCACUUGGAGCUAUCAUGUAUGAAAUGCUUGUGGGUUAUCCUCCUUUUUAUUCAGAUGAGCCUAUGUCAACAUGUAGGAAAAUAGUAAAUUGGAGAACUCAUCUAAAGUUUCCUGAAGAGGCAAAGCUAUCUCCAGAAGCAAAAGACCUUAUCAGUAAACUCUUAUGCCAUGUUGACCAGAGGCUUGGAACAAGAGGCGCAGAUGAAAUAAAGGCUCACCCAUGGUUUAAUGGUGUUGAAUGGGACAAACUAUAUCAGAUGGAAGCUGCAUUUAUACCAGAGGUCAGAGAUGAGUUAGACACUCAAAACUUUGAGAAGUUUGAAGAGUCUGACAGCCAAACACAAGCUUCAUCAAAAUCAGGCCCCUGGAGAAAGGAUUUUACAGAAGAACCUCUUUAUGUUUCUUCAGUUUUGGUCAACCAAUCUCACCGUAAUUUAAAUCUUUACAAGAUGCUCUCAUCAAAGGACAUCAACUUUGUGGGUUAUACAUAUAAGAACUUUGAAAUUGUGAAUGAUCAUCAAGUACCUGGAAUUGCUGAAUUGAAGAAGAAGAAUACCAAGGCAAAACCGCCAUCCAUUAAGACACUUUUUGAUGAUGAGUCAGAUACAGCUAGUGAGCAACCAGAACCUGUGCAAGGGAGCUUCCUGAACCUCUUGCCUCCCCAAUUAGAAGUCUCUCCGGACCAACACAGUGAGUCCCCAUAAACUCGCUCAGACUUCCUCCAACUUCAGAUGGCCAAGAAGCUCCAACCCAUCACCCACCAAUUAAAUGACCAGAACAGUGGAUACUAUUUUCCUACCUUCUGCUGCUUCUGUUGUUUUUUAGUUUGUUGAUAUCUUGGCAAGUGCUUGAGCUCUAUUGCAGUGGAAGUUUGAGGACAUAAUCCCACCAAAGUAAGGGUAGGAUGGGGUCAUUUUUGGAGUUCAUCCUUGUGCCUACUUGGAUCAGGAUAUUUGUAAAAUUUGUUAAUUAAUGAUAGUAAAUAUCAAUUCUUUUACUAUUUA